GUACACCAAGAGAUUAGCACUUCGAAGAUAUGAGUUUCGAGGAGGAGUACAUAGAUGUGUUUUUAGUCCCAGCUGGGCUACUGAUCAUGCUAGUCUACCACCUCUUCCUCCUCUUCAAAUACAUCAAUAAGCCUCUCUCCACAUCCAUAGGUUACGAAAACAACGACAAACGAAUUUGGGUUGGAAAAAUCUUGCAGUUGCAGGGUGAUGAUCUUAGAAAGAGUGUUAAAACAGCUCUCAAUGUGCUUUCCUCGAGUACAACUGCAACUAUUUACCUGGCCACAAUCUCAUUAACCCUCUGCUCACUUAUUGGAGCUUGGAUGGCAAACAACACAACCAAUUUCUUCCCGAGAGAACUAAUAUAUGGUAACACAAGUGCGUCGAUUGUUUCGAUCAAGUACAUAUGCCUCUUGUCCUGUUUUCUCCUUGGUUUUUCCUGCUUUGUUCAGUCAGCUAGGAACUUCGUUCAUUCGAGCUUCCUAUUAAGCACCCCCGGAGUUGCAGCAAAAUCUGAUGCAAAGAAAGUGGAGAGAGCGGUUCAAAGAGGAAGUGAACUUUGCUUACUAGGGCUUCGAGCUCUUUAUUGUGCUCUUAAUUUUCUCUUAUGGUUUUUUGGACCUAUACCAAUGUUUGUUUCCUCUAUAGUAAUGGUGUUGAUUCUUGGUUGUCAUGACUUUAGAUCAGAUAAUCAUCAAAAGGCCGGCCUUAAAGAUCAGCAUCAAGAGAAACUGAAUGCAGUUUAA